GUAGCAGCCGCCUCCGACGUCUGUGUCACGUGAUCCGCGGCGCCUACCCGGAAAUCAAGAGCCGUGGUAAAGAAGUCGGCCACGUGGUUUUCCAGCAUGGUGGCUCCUUCCGGGAAGAUCAACCGGCCGCGGACGGAGCUGCGGAAAAAACUCUUCAAACGACGCCGGGUCCUGAGUAAGGAGAAGAGAAAGAAACACCGGAUUGUGGGAGCUGUGGUGGAUGAAGAUCUUAUCACCGUUCAUCACCUGAAAAAGCGAUCAUCCAGUUCACGGGCAAACAUUACCCUUUCGGGAAAGAAGAAAAGAAAACUGCUCAAACAAUUGCGUCACACUGCUAAGGAAAAAGCAGAAAUGCAAGUUGAUGUUUCUCCAGCUCAGGGUGGAAAAAGGAAGAAGAAAAAGGAGGCAACUCCAAAAGACUGUCCAGAUGUUGAGAUGGUGGCAGCUGACAUGACACCAGGAUUGGAAAGCUGAACCUGGCUUCUGACAUCUUGAAAACCUUUUCUCUUUUCCAGCCUACCAGUGACAGCAUUCCUAGUCGGGGUAGGGCUGUGGGGGGUGGGGAGAGGAGGAGGAAAAAUCAGGUUACCAAAAACUAGAAAAAUCGGCUUUUGAACCAGUUUAGCUCCAUAAAGUUUGUUUGCUUUUAACUAGGAAUUUAAACCCAUCAGACCACGGUUUGAAAGGGUGUGUCUGAUCCCUUUUCCUUUUGGCAAGCAGCUCCCAAUUCCUGAAUGUGAGGACUUACAAAAUCGUUUAAAGUUUAGCUAGUCUGAAGUUGUACCUUCAAAGGGGUGCUUGAUAAGACGGAAGCUUUACAUGUAAGGUGUGGAGAGGUUUAAAAACUUCAGUGGCUGUGCCAGAUUACGGCACAAAUACCUGGAACCGUUCCUGUGUGCAGUUAAAGUGCAUCUAUAUGAGAUGCCAAUGUUUUUCGACGUUGGCAACCAAUUUCAACUGAAAGAGAAGUGCACUGGCAGAGAUGUCUGUUUUCAAGUGUUCAAAUUGUCUCUGUUCUUAUCCAUAUAAUAAACUGGGGGGGAAAAAACACCACCCUGUGUCUUGCUUUAGUUUUUGUGUGUGUGAGUCUGUUGUCAGGAAGAAGGGAAAGAAUAUGGCUGGUCAGUACAUUGUGUUAAGGCAUGGUGCAUUUGACAAUGGUUAUUGUCUAAACACAGCUAAAACUAUGAAAUAACUGGGAGCCAGUUAUGUCCAGAAAAGCAUAUUGACUGGUCCAGGUUCUUGCCUGUUGAAAUCGGCAACACUGAGCCAUAUGAAAUUAUUAACCAUGGCUAAUAAACCACAGGGACUGGGCUGAGUUAAUAUAAUAAUAGUUCAAAUUAUUACAAAUCUGCAGGAUUGUCUGGAACGCUCCACAUCCUGUUCUCCUGGUUACCUUCUGGGAAGGGGCUUCUUGGUAUCUGAAGCAGAGCAUCCAAAUUCGGUCACACUUUUGUUCCAUAUAGCAGCAAUCUUAUGAACUCUCAAAAUUUCCUCCUUCCGCUAUGGAUUCAAAAUGGACAGUGAUUAAUAUACUGGGGGGGGGGGGAGGUGUAGGUAUAUAUUAGACAGUUAGAACAAUUAAUCAUUGAAACAACUUGCCUCCAGAAGUGGUAAAUUCUCCAACACUGGAAGUUUUUAAGAUGAGAUUAGAUAAUCAUUUAUCUGAAGUGGUGCAGGGUUUCCUGCCUAAGCAGAGGGUUGGACUAGAAGACCUCCAAGGUCCCUUUCAACUUGUUAUUCUAUUCCCAUUCCAUUCCAUUCUAUUCUAUAUAUAUGUAUGUAUAUAGCAGAUGGGUAUGGGUAGAUAAUGCGCUAUUGAGAUCAGGCAACAGGAUUUCAUUUUUUAAUGUAUGCCAGUGUGCUCAGAAUAAAAAAAAACCCGACAAGGUUAUCUUAAUUGUUAAAUUGAACUGAAGCUGCCCAACAUCCAACAAGAACAACUGAAUAUGUUUUGAAUAUGAAGUUAUUAACCAUGAUUAAUAAGCCACAGGAACUGGGCUGAGUCCGUAUAAUAAUAGUAAUAGUUCCAACUGUUACAUGUUACAGGAGCUGCCCAGCUGCAUCCAAGCAAGACAACUGAAUAUGUUUUGAAUAUGCAGUUAUGAAUAUGAAGUUAUGAACCAUGAUUAAUAGGGGACUGGGCUGAGUCUGAAUAACAACAGUAAUGUUUCCAAGUGUUACAUUUAACUGGAGGCUGAAACAAUAUGAUUCUUGACGAAUGUAUCUUCUUUUAUGUACACUGAGAGCAUAUGCACCAAAGACAAAUUCCUUGUGUGUCCAAUAAAGGAUUCUAUUCUAUUCUA